UCACGGUGUAUUGUAAAGGUACGAUAGCGUCUCAGAUAGCAUAAAUAUACACUAACCUUUGUUUUAAACUUCAUUUUUACUUCACAUUCGUUCUAAACAAGACAAAUAUGUUUUUUAAAAUUACUCUUAUUGUACUAGGACUUCUACAGUGUUCCGAAGCACAUGCUGGAAAAUCAGAGAGUGUUGCAUUGUACGAAGCUGUCAAUAAAUUGUUGAAUCACGCUGAAUUGGAUCUUCAGGAUGCAAAAAUUGCUGUACUUAUUGACGCUCUAAAAGGUGCAAAGACCGGUGUAGAUGAAAAGGAAGAAAAGGUGAGACAAAAUGGUGUGGCAAAUACUUACACACGUUGGGGGCGAAAAACCUGCCCAGACGGAGCUUCUUUAGUUUAUCAGGGUUAUGCAGCUGGUGGAAUGUACCAUGAAACCGGUGCAGCUUCAAAUUAUCUGUGUCUUCCUAAAAAUCCCGACUGGAAAAAUCAUUCGCGGACACCAAAAUACUUUGGUUUAAUUUAUGGCGCAGAGUACGAAAGUUAUGAUACCAUGUUUGACAGUUUGAAAAACGACGAGGUUCCAUGUGCAGUUUGUCGCGUUCCAAGAACAAACAUCAUCAUGAUUCCAGGAAAAAAUACAUGUUUUGAUGAAUAUAAAGUCGAAUACGAAGGAUACCUCAUGGCUGGACAUCCUAAACAUAAAGCUGCAUCAGAAUAUGUUUGUGUCGAUGGUGAACCAGAACAAACAAGUAACUCCGUGAAUGGUAAUGAAAAUGGAAAGCUGUUCCAUUUUGUCCGAGCUGUAUGCGGAUCAUUGAAAUGCCCGCCCUACAAAACCGGAGACGAUCUCACUUGCGUUGUCUGUUCUUAUUCUCCGUAGAGUAGUUUGUACGUCUUUCUAUCUGAAAUCAUUACUUUAUAUACAUUAUGUGGAACCUAUCAAGUGAUAAACAUAUUUCCAUGUACUUGUUAAUAUUAAGAAUUUCCGAAUAUCUUGUUAUAUGAAAUAGAAGUAUAACUUACGCGCAACUGAACGUUUGUAUUUUUAAGUGCAGAUUUAUGAUAGGCAAUACAAAACUCCUUUAAUCAAAACAAACUAACUUCAUUGUUAGUACAAUUAAAUUUAAAAAGUAAGAUACAAACCAGGAACAGAAACAGCUGAGAAACAUCGCUACAGCGAAAUGAUAAACAAGAUUAAUUAAUCUAAAAAGCAAAUUAGCUGUACUUAACCAACGGAUAUUAAACAAAUGAAAUAGCAAAAAUAAGUAUUGCCACACAAUUUGGAAAGAUAAACUGAUAGCAUACAAUAAUGUUUGGUUUUGGUGUUGUUUUUUUAUA